AUGGCGACGGUCGUUCUCGGAUCCCAAUGGGGUGACGAAGGCAAGGGCAAGAUAGUCGAUGUUCUCAGUGAAGGUGUGAACCUGGUUUGCAGAGCGCAGGGAGGCCACAAUGCUGGCCAUACAAUCGUCAAAGACGGAAAGACGUUCGAUGUCCAUAUCCUGCCAUCCGGCGUCCUAACGCCCAGCUGCACCAACCUCAUCGGGACCGGAUGCGUCCUCUACGUCCCGGGCUUCUUCAAGGAAAUCGCCUCCCUGGAAUCCAACGGCAUCGACUACACAGAUCGGAUCCUCAUCUCAGACCGCUGCCACGUUGAUCUGGACUUGCACACCAAAGUCGACGGCCUGGAAGAAGUCGAGCUUGGCAAGAAGAACAUCGGUACCACCGGCAAAGGCAUCGGCCCUACUUACUCAACCAAAGCUUCCCGCUCUGGAAUCCAUGUCUCGGAGAUCUUCGAUAAGCAGCUCUUCGAUACCAAACUGCACAACCUCUACACUGGUUUCCGCAAGCGGUAUCGCGACCUUCUGCAGUAUGACCCUGAAGAGGAAAUCGCCCGCUUCGACACCUACCGCCAAACUCUCAAGCCUUUCGUGGUCGACCAAGUCCCGCUGAUAGAAUCAGUCGUCCGCGGCAACCUCAAAGUCCUCGUCGAAGGCUCCCAAGCAACCAUGCUCGACAUCGACGCCGGCACGUACCCCUACGUCACCUCCUCCAACACCGGUCUCGGCGGCGUCUUCACUGGCCUCCAUCUCAGCCCGCGGAGCAUCAAAGAGACCAUAGGCGUAGUAAAAGCCUACACCACCCGUGUCGGUUCCGGCCCCUUCCCUUCAGAGCAAAUGAACGAAGACGGCGAGAAGCUCCAGCAAAUCGGCCGCGAAUUCGGCGUCACCACCGGCCGCAAACGCCGCUGCGGUUGGCUCGACUUGGUAGUGGUAAAGUACAGCCACCACAUCAACUGGUACGACUCCCUCAACCUGACCAAACUCGACGUGCUGGAUACUUUCAAGACCAUCAAAGUCGCCACCUCCUACUCCUACCAAGGCCAGACACUGCCUUCGUUCCCGGCUGAUCUGGACGUGCUCGAGCAUCUGGAUGUGCAGUACGAAGAGUUGCCAGGCUGGGAGACGAGUACGACGGGUGCGAAGACGUGGGAGGAUUUGCCGGAGAAUGCGAGGAUGUAUGUGGAGUUUAUUGAGAAGCAUGUGGGCGUGCGGGUGGGGUAUAUUGGGACGGGGCCGGGGAGGGAGAGUAUGAUUGUGCGGUGA